AUGCUCAACCCGGGUGAUCAUCCGGAACAGCUUUCGGCGGUUGCGGCGUUUGCUGUGUGUGACAAUGCAUCCGCCACUCAACCCGCAUUGAGAGUCAGAAGAGACCCCACGUUUUCCCCACCUGUGUCAGCACAACAGUGGGUGGAUGUGGCCAUGUCGUGUUUGCAGCGCAACAAUGUGCCGUUGGAGCGGCUGAUGAGUAUGAUGGAGGAUACGUCUCGCGCUUUGGUCGAUGACGAAGAAGAAGGGAGCGAUUCUUCGCCACCAAUGCCAACUGCCCACCAUUCACAACAUUCCACCACGGACCAAACGCAGCAGGAUGAUGACGACAGUUAUUGUGUCGCAGGGAUCAACGCUGAAUGUGAAGGGGGUUUAGCGCCGUCCACCACCUUCCCCACAGUUGUUGGCUCGCGGCGGUGGCUCGCAGCACGGUUUCUUUUGUUAGGCUCGCGUCUUGGGGUGCAGGGUGGAACGGAAGUGUCACUCCGGGAAGCCGUACGGUUGGCGGAGAGGGCAGUGUCGGCGCAUUGCUGUCCGCUAACGAUUUUGCAGUUGUGUACGGCCUGCUAUUGCCUGGGGCGUGAGGUUAAGGAGAGUGGUGGCCGCAGCACAUUGGAGGGAAGGGUGCGAAAGCUUCUCGAAUAUUCCUCCGGGCUCGUAAUGGCAAGGAACAUGUCAAACCCUAUGGACGCUAUAUUGCUUGCCAAACAGGCAUGGCUGAGUGCUCUCGUCGGUGAGGAACGGAGGGCAAUGGAGAUAGUAAAGUUCCUUCUCAAGCGAUGUCAAGCUGAAGCUGAAGUCCUCGUGUUGUUGGCCUUGUUACACUCUGCUUCUGGAGAGCAUGAAGAGGCUUCGAAGGUGGCGGGUCACGCUGGCCAGAUGUAUCCCCUUAAUGUUUUGUGUGGGGUCGUCUUCACUGCAUUACAAAAUAUGGUGGACGAUGCUGAUCAUCGUAAGCAGAAGUGUGUUGAGAACCUUCUUGCAGUGUUAGUGGGACGUGUGGAGGCUGCCUCGAAGGAAGCACCUCAGGAGGUGUCCAGCACGUCCGGCCACGCCGUCUUCCCCGUUGACGAUUCUGCCAUGAAACUUUUCUCUCUCGACGACGUGUGGAGUAGUGGUGGGAAACACAAAAGAUUGAUUGCUGGCCACUGGGCCUUAUUAGCGCAUGUCGCGCUGCUGGUUGGCUGCGGUUCCAUCGCUCAGCUCGCCGCAGAUGCAGGACUAGAGUACAUAAGUGGUGUACAGGGUGAGCAGAAACAAGCCUAUUGUGACUUGUUAUGCUCCGCAGCGCGUGUCAAGAUUGAUUUGAUUGAAGGAUCUUUCGACUACUUCUUGAGGCAACGUCGCUUUGCGCAAAAUUGGGGAGCUGCCGCUCAGCUUCGGGGGGUUAAGGAUGACCGAUACAUGCGUGAGCAGCGGAAGCUUCUGAGCCAUGAUGAGGUACUAUCCUUACAGACAAUGCUUGGAAAAGCUCUGCAAGUGGGUAGCCACUGUGCUGAGGCAUAUUUGCUUCUUGGCCGCCUUGAUUUGCUAGUGGCACUGGGGCCGGGGAAUGUGUCAAGUACCCGUGAAACUCAUUUGGUCAGUGCGGCGCAUUACUUUCAGUUGGCGAUCGACUGCAGCCCACGGCUCACUGCUGCCCAUGAAGGCAUGGGUCGUGUUCGGGAGGAACAAGGUGCCAUUGAGUUGAGCUUGGACUCUUUCGCCUCAGCCGCCCAGUUUGCGUUCGGUGAGCCAAUCAUUCCUUACGAGAGGUUUUUGUACGUGGUGCUGUGA